GGUGAGCGGGUGACAAGCUGACUUGACUAUACUCGGCGCUGGCAGUUCUGUCUGAUGGAAUCGGCGAUAUCAACAAGAGGUUGGCCGCCCUUUUCGACAGCGCAGCUAGGGUAUCACGACGCACGGGACAUGGCUGUUACACAUCUGGGCAUCUAUCAAACGACACGACCACAAUAGAACUGGUCGGGCCGACGCUUCGAUCAGGCGGGGACGGGUGGUGAGCGCACAAAGAGAUGACGGUAAACUGUCAGUGUGCCGUCGGUCGCGCGACAGGCGAGCGGAUCGCAAUUCUCGAUAGAUGAAGCGACGGGGGAAACGGCGGGAACGGAAGCGAAAGAAAUCGAAGAAUCGACCAACCUUCGCCGCGCCCUUGCUUUUUGGUGAUAGCGGCGGCGUUGUGGGAUGAGUGUCUCGGGCCUCAUAUGGGCAGGCUGAGACAGGUGCCGGAAGAGGCAGCCUUCACGUCUGUUAUCAGUACCUUGCCUUAUUCCGUACACCUGGUUCGUGGUACAAUUCAGGAUGGUGAAGCAGCGCGAUGUCGUCAGAAGCAGCUCCGAGGUCUCGGCUUUCCAUCGACAUGAGGCUGAAGAUGACAUGGGAUUCUGGCAGUUGCUUCACCUUCGGCCAAUUGUGGUUGACAGCGGUGCAACUCAACCAACGGGGAGGGCCCAGGCUCUCGGUCAGUUCCGACAGCCGACCAUCCCUGCCAAUGACACUGCCCGAUGGAGGGGAUUUAAGCCACAUCUGGUAAGGUGGCUUGCGGGGCCCAUCCCUCUUGGCAGCCAAACCUUAUCUGGGCCAAGAAAUCACUUUGGCAGGGGCGGGGCAGACGCGUCUGAGAGUAUCGUUGCACACGCGUUUUCAGCUUCCCCGUUCCUCAAUCAAUCAAUCGACGAACGAAAAAGUACCGAUUUUUCCAGAAGCCGUCAAAUAUCUGAUUUGUUCCGAUCUCCAAUCCUCGGCGAAUCCUUCGUCUAUCUUGUUUCUUGAACCGAUAAACGCAGUCAGCCGUGCUCGGGUUCUACCCGACAGAAUAAGGCCAAACAAUUUCGGGAUACACGACAGUGAUUGAACUCGAGUCCGUCGACUUACUUUACCACGAUUCAGCGCUCUAGGAAACCAUAACCCGGUGAUCUUGUCUAUCGGACCCCACAACUUCCAAGGUCACCAUGCCACGUCUACUGCAACGCUCGCGGCCCUCUGAGCCAGCACCAGCUACGUCGGUCGGGUCCGACGACGUCUCCCUGCCCGAGUAUGAGCCACCGGCGUUUCCGAUGAACGAUGAAAACAAAGCGAAAUUGGAAAGGCUGGUCGCAGCUCAGCGAAAUGACAGCGAUGCGAGGCAGUACGAAAAACACCUCAACGAAUGUUCAAAGAACCUGAUCAAGGCUGUCGGCAGUAUCAACGAUCUGCUCUUUCAACGGCGAAGGCAACUCGCUCGGCAUGUGGAGAAGCGUCGAUCAGAAGGUGUCGACGACAAGAGCGAGGCUGAAAGAGAGCUCGAAGAAUAUGUCGCUGAGUUGGAGGCAACCAUCAGCACACUGACAGACAAAUCCGAACAAGCCUUGCGGCGUGUAAUAGACUGUCGUGCCGAAUUCGAAGAUACCAAAACAGUUCUUGAGUCCGUGGUAGUGACAGUCAAGGCUCAGCAGCCUCGACCUGAACCGAAACCUAAAAGAGAGAGACGGCAGCAACGGCGCCCUGCAAACGAUGACGACGACGACGACGACGACGACGAAGAGGUGGAGGAAGCUGAGGAUGUUCCCCCAGUCGUUGGUGUCAUCGAUGCUCUAAGGACAGCUCGAAAGGUCAAGAUGAUAGAGUACUCCAGAUUAUCUGCUUACGAUAAGUAUGCUGUCCACAACGACUACAUUCCUUUCAAGAGGACGUGGCAUGAUGCCAUGCACCCCGACAACGAGAUCCCGCUGCCGGAUCCCUCCACUUGGUUUGACGAGGAUGGCAACCCAGUCAAGAAUGUCGCCGACAUUCAGGAGGAUGACGAUCUUGUUGUCGAGCGUGAAAUUGUUGACCUCAAGUGCCCCUUGUCAUUGCAGGCCUUCAAAACGCCAUUUAGCAAUCACAAGUGCAAGCACACCUUUGAGAAAGAUGCCAUCAUGUCUUUCAUCCGAUCUUCCGGUGGAAAGGCACAAUGCCCUGUUCCGGGCUGCUCAAAGGACUUGACAAUCACCGACUUGUAUCCAGACGAAGUCAUGCUUCGGAAAAUGAAGCGAGUGGCAGAGGCUUCGAGACGUAAUGCCGACGCAACCUCAGAUGUUGAAGAGGAGGAGGAAGAUGACGACCCCGAUGCGAGCAUAGUCAUUGGACGCACAAACAACAUCAAGAGGGAGAGGAACAACCGCCGUGUGGAAGACAUCGAAGAGGACUAAGAACGACGAUUGAAUCUAUGACUAUCACUCUACUAUGGAAAAAAUCACACCAGCCCCGAUUGCUCCAGAAACAGCUCAACGCCCCCACAAACGUCAAAGAAUGAAACAAGUUUUGUCCCCUGGACUCCGAGUAGUUCACAACUUGCUGUCGCUUCUGUCGAAUUAUUCUACGCGUCCUGUUUCCGCGGAUCACCUGCCCCGAGCCGCCUGGCUGCGAAACCACCAGUUUAAUAAUACAAAAGGUUUUGACACCGAAAUCAGAGACACGACUUAUGCAAAGGAAGUUGGAAGUGCUGUGGGAAAACAUGUAAAAACCGGAAGCGAUCAGGGUUCAGUGCCUGGAGUAGUCGAAUGAGUACCCAUACGUCAUGUGGGCGGCAGACGGCUCCUGGUAGCUCUGGGGAUUUGGCGAGGUUUGGGCCGAGACUAGAGCAUUGCCCGCUCGGUGAUGAUAGGUGGACAUCUGGUCAGAUGGGUAACCAAUGGCCUGGUGAUGCGAAUAUGUAUUGUAUGAGAUGGGUGACAGGUGGGUAUUUGCCUCGGCACUCGGAUGGAUGGGCAUCAUGCUGUAUUGGCUGUACUGGACUGUAGGUUCUGGCUUGAUGAAAGGGCUAACGGGAUGAGAUUAGCUAUCCAAAAUAUGGGCAAAAUGGCCGGGAAUUUCUGGAGCAUGGAGCUUCCAGUAACCAAAAGACUCACUCUCUGUACUCGUUCGACUGUGUCGUCGCGCUGGAUCCUGGGUGGUACAGGUCGCCUGGGGUCAUGGCUGGUGAGCGUGCCUGGUAUCUGUUGUCUUCGAGUUCUGGGCUUUGAUGAGGCGAAAGAUAUUGGGUGUCGUCUCCUUCCCCGUCCUCACCCAUGGAAUUCCCACGCCUGCGACGAGAAUACUUCUGGAUGCCCCAUUUGUCGAACCGCGAUCGAUAGGCCCGGGUACUGUUAAGAAUGGUCAGAAUAUCAUAUUCAUCUAACGUAUGUGACGCCAUGAACACAAGAUCAGAUGAUGAUCCGUAGGGACGGACAAUCACCACAUCUCAAAGGACCGAGGGAGGGCAACAUACGACGCCUUGAACCGGUACUGCUGCUCCAUGAGCUUCUUGACCUCAUGGAGUGGCUUCCUGUUGUCCCGGUACUCCGCUAUGAUGAUUUCACGACUUCUAGGUUUGAACAAACCACACUGACGAGGCUGUCGAAGGAAUGAUGUGUUGUUCUGUUGGAUGAGAAGACGACGAUCUUGAACUGGUUGUCUUCUUCAUCGUCCACUUGGUCAAUGGCGGCCAUACUCGAAGUGAUAUAGACGGACCAGCGGCUGUCUUUCUGCAGAUCAAAGACGAUUGACGUGGUCCGUCUAUCUCCAGGCCGAUACAUCGACCUGGGCUGAGCAGGAAGUCGUGCAGCUGCGUUGGGGGUUCUCAUACAGGUCAAGGCAGCCAAUGGCGGAAGAC